AUCCCAGACGGAACCCCAGAGGGCUAAAGACUGGUACAGUAGGUCGGUUGAGAUCUUGCAGCGCAUCUAGUUCCCCCCCCCAGCCGCGCCAGGGCUCCACCACCUACCAGCAGUCCCGGCCUCGAGACACCGGACAGCCUCGAGGUUGAAAGGCCCGCUUGGUGUUCUUUGAAAUUGAAGAACAUGAUACGCAGUUGGCUGAUGAUUUCUAUCCUUCUUCCCCUGAAGUUCAUAGAGAAAUGUGAGUCGACAGUCGAUCUCACUGUUCCUCCCACUGUGAAGCUGGAAAAUGGAAGUUCGGCCAACAUCAGCAUCACCCUUCAGCAUCCGUUAAAUGCAACCUUGGUGAUCACUUUUCAAAUCACAUUUUGUUCAAAAAAUGUUACUAUCCUUGAGCUCCCUGAUGAAGUUGUGGUGCCUCCCGGCGUGACAGAUUCCUCUUUUCAAGUGACGUCUCAAAAUGUUGGACAACUUACUGCUUAUCUGCACGGAAACCAUUCCAACCAGACCGGCCCGAGGAUCCGCUUCUUGGUCGUCCACAGCAAUAUCGUUAGCAUCAUAAACCAGGUGAUUGGCUGGAUUUACUUUGUGGCCUGGUCCAUUUCCUUCUACCCUCAGGUGAUCACCAACUGGAGGCGGAAAAGUGUCAUUGGUCUAAGCUUUGACUUCGUGGCGCUGAACCUGACAGGCUUCGUGGCCUACAGUGUGUUCAACAUUGGCCUCUUCUGGGUGCCCUACAUCAAGGAGCAGUUUUUCCUCAAGUACCCCAAUGGAGUGAACCCCGUGGAUAGUAACGACGUCUUCUUCAGCCUGCACGCAGUCGCCCUCACCCUGGUUAUCAUCGUGCAGUGCUUCCUGUACGAGCAAGGCAGCCAGCACGUGUCCUGGCCUGCCAUCUGCUUCCUGGUGCUCUCGUGGCUCUUUGUGCUCAUCACCAUGAUUUUGGCUGCAGUCGGGGUAACCACGUGGCUGCGGUUUCUCUUCUGCUUCUCCUACAUCAAGCUCGCGGUGACGCUGGUCAAGUAUUUUCCACAGGCCUACAUGAACUUUUACUACAAAAGCACCGAGGGCUGGAGCAUUGGUAACGUGCUUCUGGACUUCACCGGGGGCAGCUUCAGCCUCCUCCAGAUGUUCCUCCAGUCCUACAACAAUGACCAGUGGACACUGAUCUUUGGAGACCCAACCAAGUUUGGACUCAGCGUCUUCUCCAUCUUCUUCGAUAUUGUCUUCUUCAUUCAGCACUUCUGCUUAUACAGAAAGAAACCAGGGCUUCAGGCAGCACACACGGGUUCUGACAGCCGUCCCAGGCAGGAUUGAGUGCUGAGCUUGGAGCCGAAGGCCUUGACCUAAACAACCAGUGUUUCUGGGAGCAGCUUGAAGGACUGACCCUGCAGUUGUGAACCAAGGGCGCUUUGCUGCCACUGCCGUGUUCCCAGAGACCAAGCAGCCUGGUGACGUGGCCAGUGGACUCAGAGGUGCUGGUGCUGGUGGCAGAGGGGAUAGGAUAUUGGGGUCAGGCCUUUGGGGUCCCUUCUCUGAAGGCCACAAUCUCUGAGCACUCACCGUCCUGACACUCCUACGUAAUUCAACUCCCACAACUUAAUCGCAGGUGGCCCAGGCCAGGGUCUGGCAAAGAAACUGUAUUUCUGAGCCUUGAAGUGCCCAACAGAUUGGUUCUGAGCUAGGCUUAUGCCCAAUCCCUCUGGAUCUUUAUCACACUAACCCCUUUUGGAUUUUUUUGAGGGAUGUUUUGGAAGUAAGUAGCUUAAUUUCUUCACCUUCUGCCUACCUCCACUUUCCCAGAGUCUGGGGCCCCACGUAAUCCCCUUCAACUGCUCCUCAUCCUGCAUCUGGAGUAUGGGAUGGACAUGUGUGUGUGCGCGCGCGCGCACACACACACACACACACACACACACACACACACCUGUGCCUUAGAGGCCUGUAAGACCUGCCAAUUGGUGAGUGUAGCUCCCCUACAGGGGAAGACUGGCCCCCUUCCCUCACUUCCCCCAGAUUCCUACCUGAGCCUCACCAAUUUUUUGGCUGUUCAGGAGCCUGAGCCUGACAUACGGACUUGAAACCACCUCACACAAUCCUCAUGGGCCCAACCUUUAUUCCAAACCCCCUUCUCUUCUAUCCCAGGCAGCUCUCCUUCCUGUGGCAGGAGGGGAGUGUCCCAGGAUGUGCCUUGUCAGUUCACUCUCAAGACUUUUUUACUACGAGAUCAAUGUGAGGUGCCUGUAUCCUUAAUUAAAACCUGAUUUGUUUCCUUUCUGCA